AUGGCGGAUAUAUUAAACUCCGUUGACACUAAGCCGGAUUUUGAAUCCUACUUAGAGAGUUACAAACCGGUGGUGAAAGCCACGGUGGCUAAAGUCACUGACCCAUCCCGACCUGACUCGAGGCGGCUUGCUGGAUUCGUGGUGGACAUGCUCUACACUACGAUGAUCGAUGUCGCCAAUGAAUUUGGUGUUCCGAGUUACUUGUUCUUUCCAUCUAACGCUACGUUUCUAGGAUUACAGCUUCAUGUUCAGUACCUUUACGACGUUAAGAAAUACGACGUCAGCGAGUUGAAGGAUUCGAAGGUCACCGAGUUGGAGGUCCCGAGUUUGACUCAGCUUGAGCCUCAAGCAAUGAAGUUUUUCUCUAGUGGAGAUCAUUCUCUUCCUACGGUGUACACAGUUGGACCGGUUUUGAAUAUCAAGAUCAACAGUACAAAAUCAGGAGAGGAUAAGCAACCGGAUAUUCUAAAGUGGCUCGAUGAGCAUCCACGUAAAUCCGUUGUGUUCCUCUGUUUUGGGAGCAUGGGAGGAUCCCGUGAGGAACAAGCAAAGGAGAUAGCAAUCGCGUUAGAGCGUAGCGGUCACAGAUUUGUCUGGUCUCUUCGUCGUGCUCAACCAGAAGGAACGAUGGGACCUCCGGGAGAAUUUACAAAUCUUGAUGAGGUUCUCCCGGAGGGAUUCGUAGAACGAACGGCGGAGAUCAGAUAG